AUGGCUUUAACGGUCUACUCUAAAACAAGAAAUAAAGCACUUGUGAAUUUCAUUGUGUUUGAGAAAAUGGAGAACAUGAAACUAAGGAGAUCAAGAUUACCCGCAAUGCUACUUACCAUUGUGUUUUGGGAGUUGUCUUUUCAGGUUUCCAUAGCAGCAGCAUCGCCACAGGUUGCAGCAAUGUUUGUAUUUGGAGACUCGCUAACGGACAAUGGUAAUAACAAUUAUCUUAAUUCUCUUGCAAAGGCAAACUACGAUCCAUAUGGCAUUGAUUUCCCUCAAGGUUCUGCUUCUGGUCGUUUUAGUAAUGGCAACACCAUCAUCGACUAUCUUGGGGACUUCUUGGGACUUCCGCUUCUUCCAGCCUACGCAAAUCCCGAUGCUACCGGUAGCGGCUUACUGCAAGGAGUGAACUAUGCAUCAGCUUCCGCAGGCAUUCUAGAAGAAACAGGAAGAAAUCUAGGUGAACGAAUCAGCUUUAGACAGCAGGUUGAGAACUUCGCAAGCAACCUGGAACAGCUGAAGAACGAGAUGAAAGCGGAGCAACUGACCAAAUACCUAAAGAAAUCAUUAACGGUUGUAAUCAUGGGAAGCAACGAUUAUAUCAAUAAUUAUUUGCUAACUUCUUUCUACGCUACAAGCUAUAUAUAUCCACCCACAACCUAUACAGAUCUUCUCAUACAGCAAUACACCAAGCGAAUCUUAGCACUCUAUAGUUUAGGACUGCGAAAGUUCUUAAUUGCGGGGAUCGGGCCCCUCGGAUGCAUCCCUAAUCAACUAGCCAAUAAUUUUGCGCCACCUGGAAAGUGUGCGUCUUUGGCAAACGACUUGGCGGUCAUGUUUAACACACAACUCAGAUCUCUAGUCAGUCAACUUAACACAAACUAUACUGAUGCAAUCUUUGUGUACGGGAACACCUACGGUGCUGUCAGUGACAUAAUAACCAACUCCCGUAACUAUGGAUUCACGGUUACCGAUAGCGGGUGUUGUGGUAUCGGAAGAAACCAAGGUGAGAUAACCUGUCUUCCGUUUUCAGCUCCGUGCGUCAACAGAGAUCAACAUGUUUUUUGGGAUGCGUUCCAUCCUACCCAAGCCGCAAACCGAAUUCUAGCUGAAAAGGCAUACAAUGGUCCGCCAUCCGAUUGCUAUCCAAUGAAUGUCAAACAAAUGGCAGAAUUGUAACUCUCUGUGAAUCAUUCAAUUCCUGGAUGACUAUAUCAAUAAUGAGAAAAUUGAA